AUGAAAAAAGUGCCCUCAACCAAAGCAGCAGCCGUUAAAGAGCAGAAUGUAAGAUGGAUGCUUAAUUCUCCCGAUCCGAGCCCACUUGCUUUUUUUAGAUUUUCUUUUCCUAUGCAUCGAGCUCGGGCUUUUGAUACUUACGGUAAAGUCCUAGAAUCUGCCUUAGAUCAAUGCCAGGAUGAGAAUGUUAAAGGAAGACUAUUAAGAACGAAAGGAAAAUUUAAUGCAGAAAUUCUAAGAGACUGGGAGUUGUGGUUAGAAGAGAGGAAGGCGAUUCAAGUAAACCAUUCGAUCCAAAACACAAAUAUAGCUGUGCAAAAUAGGUUUAAUGCCCGCGUAGAAAACCAGGGCACAUUGUCAACAACGCCAACAAUUAUCAAUGAUUCUGCAAUCGAUAUAGGCAACAGUGAUGAAAACGAUGUAGAAAAUUUGGAAGACAAAAGAGAGUUAUUAAUGAGUUCGAUAGUGAAUUCUCCUAUAACAACUGAUGCCAACGAGGACGUUCUGGAAUCGCUUGCAUUUUUAUUUGAGUCUUCCCAAGAAGAUCUUAUUUCAUCUAUUGCAGAAGAAAGCCUUGACAGAGAGGAGACAGUGAUACCAAAUGAUAAUAAGCUUGUGUUAUCAAGUCAAUUAGAUGUGUUUGCGCACUUUCGUAACAUACGCUUUAAGAUCCCAUCGAAAAACAAGAUCUUGAAUCCAGCCUAUUAUGGAAUCAUCGAUUUAACCGGUCAGCAUAUUGAGACCAAGACAUCGUUUGAUAUUGAAGACUGGGAAGAGCUUCGGAAUUUAUUUGGCAUAAUUGUCCAAUGGCAAUCUAUUCGGACGCCUGAACAUUUCGCUAAAUAUUUUGAUGAAAAUUUUACGUUGCCUCCUAAUCCGGAGGAUGAGUUAAAAAUCUUCCACACGGCGGUUGAAUUCCUGCGGACAGGCUACCCUAUCCAAAACACAAUGUCUGAGCAACACGCGGUGCAUGCAUUAUAUUACCCCUUAAUUAAUACAGUUCUCUAUAAUGAUACCAUAUCACUAUUGGAUUGGGGAGAAGUUGUUUCGUGCUCAAACUCUGAUGCAAAAAAUGACAAUGUUAGUCCCGAGAAGAAAGCAAAGACUGGUUACAAGGCGGAAGCUUGCAAGCGCAAACAAUGGCUUGAUAAACUCAAACUCAUGAUUAUGUUGUUGCGAGAUGAACUAAAUCAAAUAAUUAAGGCCUACGGCCGAUCAAGUGCCGAGUUCUUAUAUUUUAUUGUAUAUGGAAUUCAAGUGAUUGUGGGGGGGGUCUACCUUUUUGGUUUAAUUGACAAAUGCUUAAUACCAAGCAAUUUAGAAACAUUUUAUUCGUUAGAGGAAGUAUACGUGAUUCUCAAGAUCCUGCAAAUGAAAGUUACCGAAGCUUCAAGUGCAUUAGUUGCCAUUGAGCAGAAACAUGCAAAAAAAAGACGGUGGCCUGCUGUUAAUGACCAGCAAGACUUUGAGAAUGAUCUUGUAUUCACUCAAGCAACAAAACAUCAGAGGAAUUCAUAA